UUUCCGUGGAAGUCCCACGAACACUGCUGGAUACGUGUUGCUGGCCAACAUGUAUACGAAGUAAGUCACAGCGGGGGUCUAGGGUUCUUCAUUUUCGGCAAUGGCUAGUCGCUUCCCUGUCUCGACGGCACAGUUCUCUUCCACUGUCCAGGGUUGCGAGACGCAUUUCGUGCUAAGUGGCUAUGACGACCAUAUCAUGGUCCUUGCGACGCAAAUUGGAAGAAUGGGCACGAUCUUACAAGCCAGGAAGGAGGAAGGCGAAUGCGGGGAGCUCUCUUACAGCGUGAACGUUCUCAUGGGCCGGCGAGAUGAGCCUCUACUGGUUGCAUGUGCUCGACAGCUUAUAGAGCUCAUAAGCAACUCUGGCUCUUCGCGGUCAUUGGUUUUGUCUCUUGGAUUGAAAGAUCACUCCCAGGAAACGUUAAAAGAGAUCAUCAGGCUCGUCAUUGCAAACAAAGUUUGGUAGCGUGGCAACGCUAAGCUAAUGGCCUUAUACUUACAAGUUACAGUGGCCUGGCCUAGCUGCGAUGCGCACGGUGUAUCCUUAUCUUUACGUCGUAUUCCACUGACUGAAAGCUACUUUGGCAGCUCUCUUGGAUCUCUAC